CUUCACAGCAAAUUUAAAAGCCACGAAAUCCUUUCUCUGUCAUUGUUUAAACUUUGUUUUCUACUGGGACAGUUUGUAGACGACUGAUAAAAUGCCUGUAAGCUUCUGUGGAACAUGGGACAUGGUCAGCAAUGCCAACUUUGAAGGAUACAUGAUUGCUUUAGGGAUCGGCCUGUACACCCGCAAGAUCGCCCUAAAGCUGAAACAGCGUAAAGUGAUUGAGCAGGUCGGGGAUAGAUAUGUGGUCAAGACUCUCAGCACCUUAAAAAACUACACUUUCUCAUUCAGAGUCAAUGAGGAGUUUCAAGAGUUCACCAAGGGACUGGAUGACAGACACUGCAAGUCUGUGGUGUCAUGGGAGGGGAACAAGCUGGCGUGUGUUCAGAAAGGUGAGAAGAAGAACAGAGGCUGGGCACACUGGAUUGAGGAUGACAAACUCCAUUUGGAGUUGCACUGUGAAGAUCAAGUCUGCAAGCAAGUCUUCAAACGGGUUAUCUGAGGCUCUGCUGCAGAUGCUUAAAAAGUGCACUGGUGUGAACAAAGUUUACGCUUCAGAGUCAGAGCAAUAUGAGGCGAGGAGGAGUAUUAAAAGUUUCAACUUGUGCCUCAAAACCUGACUAAUUGAAUUUAAAGCAGUGAGCGGCGGCCUGCAGACUGAGGCUGAAUGUCCAGGAGCAGGAUUUGUAGCGCUUUUCCAUUAGAGGGCGCUAUAAGACCAAGAACAAACAGACUCACGUCAACAGUGGUUUACCCACAGGAAACACUGCAUGCUGACAGAAGUUGUGCCACUAUUGCCUAAUCAUGUUUACAUGUAAUACAAGAGCCGCAGUUACAAACAUUUAGAGUUAUUCUUUCACCAGGGUAUGUCUAAUUAAAGAACAAGCAUCUUUUGAAUAUGCAUUUUGUAAGACAAGUUUUGUUUAUUUUUUGUUAAGCUUUACUUUUUCUUUAGGUAUGGUCUAUGUUGCCUAAAUAUACAUGUUGUUAAUUUGAUAACCUAAAAUCUUUUUUUUUUUUAUUGUAUUGUUUGAAAGCCUGUUAUUGUGCAAUAAAUU